CAACAGCCAGCUCCGUGCAUCCAAUGAAGGGCAAACCUCAUUUCACCAAAAGAAAAGAUUGCAACGUCACAUGGACCAUGAACCAAGCCAGCCGCAAUCCCAGGACAAAUGUGUACUUGUUCCACAGUCUGGAAAACAGAAAGCAAAAUGAAGAAUACUAUGAUGACAAAUCACUGAUUGCACAGCCUAUAUUUGUUUUCAAGAAGAAAGACCGAUCUUGCAAGAGACCUGCAGAAGACUAUGAAUGCAAGACUGAAAAUGUUAUCAUUGAUUGUUCCAGAAAACGGACAAGAGCUUCCUCAUUUUCUUUUCAAACAUCCAACUCCCCGUUUCACAGAGAAACAGUACUCUCCCAAAAACGAAUGAGAUCAUCUUCAUUUACCAUCCUACCAACAUUUCCACCAUCCCAACCAGUGAAGAACAACAUAUUCAUGACAUCAGCAUUAUUGCACAAGGGCCCUGAUGUGAAUGCCACAGAAAAAGGUCUUUCAUCGCCAGCAGUUCAACAGGUUGUUUUAAGGCCUGCCAUUUUACAGCCUCCACAAACUCCUUUGUGUAGAGAAGUAAUGAAUAUAGGUAUUGAAAAUGUUCUGGAGGAUGAAUAUAAAGCAAACACUGAGGAAUCUGAAGAGACUCAGGCCCUCAGGAACGGCUCAGAAAAUGCAGUACACUUUUCAGACCCUGAACCAAUGGACAACCAGCUAGCUGAAAGCAAAACGUCUUCAAGUGAAAAACAUCUUAACUUUGUGUUUGGAGAAAACAUAGUAGAGAGAGUUUUGAGGCCUGAGCAAUUUCCAGAACUUCAUUCUGCAAGUGAGUCACAUAAUAGUGAAGAAGACGCCACAUUCACAAUAGAUUUUCCUACCAGUUCUUCAUGGGCAACACCAAGUGUUGUCAAGAAUACAACACUAGUAGAAUCAGCUGCUGCUUACACUUCUAAGAAACCAACACAGCAAUAUUUAUUAGAUAAAGUUGAAGUUAGUACUGGAGAAGAAGCAGAGCACAAUGUGUUGCAGAUCAACUGCAAGAUGUUCUUAUUUAAUAAAGUUUCUAUGUCCUGGAUUGAAAGAGGAAGCGGCUCUUUGAGACUGAACGACACGUCCAGCAGCCAGCGUGGGAUGCUACAGUCACGACUGGUCAUGCGGAAUCAAGGAAGUAUGAGACUCAUUCUGAACGCUAAACUCUUUACCCAAAUGAUCAUUCAGAGAGCAAACCGGAAGAGUCUGUGCAUCACAGCAACAGAUCUGGAAGACCAUUCUAUCAAGGUGUUUCUAAUACAGGCAAGUUCAAAAGACAUUAGUUCUCUGUAUGCAGCGAUCCAUCAUCGCCUGGUGGCACUAAGGAGCUUUGCUGAACAGGAAUGUGACGCAAGCCAGGUGGAGCCGGAGCAGCUAAACUGUGAUAGCGACGAGGAAGAUACUGAAAAGAUAACUCACAUGAAGGGUAAUGAAUCAGAUCAUUCUCGAUGGACCCGCAGACAGUCUGUGCUAUGCUUGUGA